CGGUGGAUGCCAUCAGUCAUAUGUACAACAGGCAAUGAAUGGCCCGAAGACCUAAAGUGGAAGACAGUUGGCGCUUUUGUCGCUAGAAAUCUGCUGAUCGGACUUGACGGGAUUUCUCGCAAGAUGUUGCAAGGAGUAGGCAUGAGACAAUACGAAAAUGCCCGUUUUUUGGCCCAGUCCAGCGUGUUAUUGCCGCUCGCAGUAUUCAUUGGUGCUCCCAGCAUUAAUCUCCUUCAGAGUCAUGAAAGACUUUCAUAGCCAACGUCCACUGUUAGCAUCGCUGUAUAUGGACGAAAGCCCCAUGCUCAUGAGCUUAUGGCGCAGCAGGAAGUAAAGCUCGAAGGCACUUGAUAUUUCCGGGUGGGACUUCGAGAAUACCAAACAUUAAAGCCCACGUAGCUGGCAGUAGAAACAAUCCCUGCUGAGUUUCAGCGUACUUGCCGUCGAUGCCCAAAUGCAUCAAGUACUGGCUGGACACUCCGUAGAGACCCAAGCUUGAAAGCAGAUAGAUUCAAGGGGGCUGUGGCUGACGAGCAAGUUAUAACUGCGCGGCGUCUAAAUGGAUUUCAGUUUCGGCCUGUCCUGAACGCGCCGGUAAUCAGCCUGCUCUGAAGACGUACGAAUCUUGCAUCGCUUCUAAUAGCGUGACACAGAAGCCUUCCAGUUCGCGUGACGCGAAAUCCGAGUUGUAGAAGUAGUGGG